UUUUAGGUGCAGUAGUUACCUUGCCUGUGCCAGCGACGCCUCUCCACGCCAUGUCCUACCCUCCCAGCAACCCUAUGGAAGACUUGUAAGUUUUUCUCCCGAACCGGGGGACUGGACCAAGCCGUCGAGUGCCCGAGACCCUGGAGGGACACCGAGUAACGUGGAAGGCCUCAUCCACCGUAACCGCAGUCCCAGCCCUUCCUCCCAUCCCUCCAUCCACCCCGCCAUCACCUCCACCACCCCAGUCUGCAAGGAACCUUCCACUGUCAAGGUGUGCGUAGAUCUGGAUUCAUCAGAAUGCUACAAGCCACCGCGACCGCCCAAGACCUCCCUCCACGCUCUCAACUCCCAGUCAAGUGACCUGCACCGUCAGGCCCCGCCCUGCUACUCGCCCCGUCCCGCCCCGCACACCUCCACUGACCCCAGUUGGCCCUUCUCCGAUCAAGACGAUCCCCCGAGCUCAGCGCGCAUGCGCAUCAAAAGUGACCGAGAGAAGAUGACGGUGAGGAGUGAGGCGAUGCGCUACUGGCGCUCCAUACACAACAAGUACUCUCUGCUCAAUGGGUUCAACAGACAGCGCCGUAACGCCAUGGUCAAGAAACAGCGUCAGCGGAUCAAGGACAGGAACAACAUGUCCAUCUUCUUCGUGUUGGUGUUCAUGUUGGUGUUCGUGGUGAUCCUGGUGGUGGAGGUGUUCUUCAUAGACGAACACCGGACAGGGAUGCUCUUCGGCAACAAGCGACCGUCAGCCUUCGACCCCAUCGGUGACAUCCCCGACUACUUCAUGGAAGACAAGAAGCUGGUGGGACAACUGGAGAUCGACACCUACAGGAGACAGGAGCUCUCCGUCAAGAGUAAGACUGGUAAUAACGAGAGAUUCUACAGGAAGAACGUAGACGAAACGCACCUCAUGGCUCGAGUCACCGGGAACCUAGUCAAGUCAGUUCACGGUAUAGCCAAGGUGGACUGGCUCAACAUGCUGGGCCUCAAGGAGAUCACUUACUUCGGCAGCAACAGUUCCGCUACUGACGGUGAGUGGCAGCCAGUCUUCUACACCAAGCACAAGUUCUUCGUCUACUCCGCCUACUACGACGACCGCAAAGGUAAGAUCAUCCGAGUUAUUGGUGCCACCCAGACCAAAAAGAGUGACCGUGUGUGGUGUAAGUACUGGUACUCCAACUCCAGCACCCUCAUACUCAACGGUGCCAUCAAAAUCAUCAGGGAAAACUGGAACCUCAAGUUCUCCGCUUGUUUCAUCGCCUGUCCUCUUAUUAUCUACAAGAACGGGAAGCAGCCCAUCCCUCCCCCGGAGAGUGUGUCCAUCAUGGCGGACCCCGGAGGUAACGCCACCAACAAGCUGAGAGUAAUGAACCUCGACGUAAAUAAAGAGGAAGUGAAGAACAGCUUCGCGGUGUGUGUGAAGCCUCUACACUUCGACUACAACAACGUGAACCAGGUGGUAGAGUUUAUAGAGCUGAACAAAAUCCUGGGCGUGGAACACUUCACCCUGUACAACCACACCAUCGGCAAGGAUGUUGACUGCAUACUGAGGCAGUAUGUUGACCAGGGUCUGGUUAACAUACUGCCUUGGAAACUCGAUAUAAAAUCCCAAAAAGAGAUCCGGACGGAGGGGCUGUUCGCGUCGCUUAACGACUGCUUGUACCGCUACAUGUAUCAGUACAAGUAUAUCCUCAUGAUCGACCUGGACGAGUACAUUGUGCCGCACGCCAACACCAGCCUGCCGCAGCUCCUCCGUUAUCUUCACACCAAGGCCGACGCCCGCAAGAUUGGUGCUAUCAGCUUCCAGAACUCCUUCUUUUACCUCCAGUGGCCGGACGACCCCAGCAGCGCCUCCCUGCCGCCCCUGGUGACGCUCCGUAAGACUCGCCGACGACAGAGGUUCCACCCGCACAAACAGAGGUCCAAGUACAUUGCCGUCACUCCCUUCGUGGUGGAGGCAGGUAAUCACUUCGUCUGGGAGUUCCUACCUGGUAAGGGAACACUGAAUGUACCCAACGAGGUGGCCUUCUUACACCACUACCGCGUGUGUGAGUUCGGCGGCGACGACUGUGUGAGGAACCCCAGGAUCACGGACACGGCCAUGUACCGGUACAAGGACACGCUGGUCAAGGCUUACACCACCAACAUGAACCAUCUCGCUCACAUCUGUACCCUCGAAACCACCAGUAAGGAGAAGUCUGUGUGGACGCUAGGUUGAAGGACCUUCUGCUGGUGACGUGAACUGUGUAGGCUCUUUAUCGCCCCCCCCCCCCGGAGGUGUUGGUGCUAUAAGGUGUUGUUGUAAUGGACAAUCUGUGUGUGUGUGUACCUUACCAGGCCUGAACUCUCUCUCUCUCUCUCUAACAGCCUCAGCCACAAUACAUAAAAAAAAAAAAUAUCAAACUCCUAAAGACGGAUUUUGGUAGAGGUCAGAGCCAGGUCAAUCAAGGUACUGAGGGCAGACUUGACCUAUCAGAGUUCAGGUUCAGCCUCAGACACACACGGUCGCACAAGUUAUAAUCUCCGCCGGACACCCCCCCAAGACACACAGCCGACUGUCUCUGCUCACGGAGUGUGUUGUAGCCGCCGGACACUCACUCACUCACUCACUGCUCGAAGCUGUUGGAUAAUUUAGUUAGCCAAAGCUUGUUUUAUAAAAGCUUGUUUGUGUGUGUGCGUGUGUGUAUGUGUGUGUGUGUGGGUAAGCUUAACUAGUCAAAAUCUUCUCUCUUGUUUUUUAAUUGAUUCUCUUGAUUAUAGAGAAAUGUUCCGUGGAAUGACCUGAAGAUUAGACACCCAAGCUUAUUUCACCUGAUGAUUAAACACCCUAACGUUAACCUAACCUAACCUAACACCUCCAGAUAGCGUUAGGGUGUUUAAUUAUCAGGUAAAUUAAGCUUGGGGUGUCUAAUCUUCAGGUGAUCUGCUCAGUAACUUGCCAUAAUGCUGCACACGUACAGUAUUUGUUUAUCUUGUGUGUGUAUAUGUGUGUGUGUGUGUGGUAAGAGACGUGUGUUUGUGGUACGCAGUGGCGGCUCGUGAAAAAUAAAAUGGAGGGACUGCAAGCCUCACACAACAGUA